AUGCCUAUUGCACCAAAACUACCGCGAGCUUAUUACCCUCGCCAAGUUCCAACGGACUCAUUCUUUACCGCCAGUGAAGCUGAAUUAGCUUCACUAAACUUCGAUGCGCUACGAAGCAAUGCGCUUAAGCUAGCUCCUACGCCAGCCGCAUCGACUGAAUUACACCGUAUGUGGAUCCCAUGCCCUACAGUAAUUCGAAAGAAACAUCUGGCGGAUUUGUUGGACGAGCUGGCAACUGACUCACAACCCCAAGUAUGGAAGGAUGCACGUCAAACCCGGCUUCUGCAGGAUUUUUUUACUAUCCCUAAUGCUGGUGUUCGCUUUACUUGUGCGUCUUAUGACAUGGCUUCGAAAUUGAGUCAAGUGUCAUUGACUGCUUCUCGCUCAACAAUCCGAAUAGCACGUUUUUCUAAAUAUGGCUCACGUUACUAUGUGGAUUUGGUUCGAGUUCCCGACGAAUAUCAGAUCAAGCCAUAUUCGACUGGUUUUAAUCUUGUGGAUUUGCCGGCCGCUCCUUUACACUCGUCUCUACGUCAGUCGCUUCAGGCGUCCCAGCUUGCAAUGAAAGGACAACAGUCUGAUACUGAUGACGCAAUGUCAACAUCGGACGACCCCCCCAUAUAUGUUGAUAGUGAUGAUGACUCCCUGCAAGACCAAGUUGGUCUUAGGGAUAAUUCUGGUCCAAUGGAUGAAACAAUUAUUGCACCAGUUCCAACCUACUCCGCCCCAGUAUGGGCGAAAGCGGCUAGAAAUCGUCGAGCCUUAUCCGCUAUUGACAACCCGAACUCUGUGGACAUUGUUUCCAUGGAAUACGAGGUUAAAGAUUUGGACUGCCCGACUCAAGCCAAAAAGGUUAAAAUGAUGCUGUUUGUUUGGAGAGCACCCCCACCAUACAAAGGUGACUCGACCUACACUGCUAUGGUUACCCCAUUGACCAUUAACUACGAAGUUGAGUCUAUGACUCGGGGUGAACUUUUUGACUAUGUGGACUCCUUUCUUGGGAAAUUCGAAAGUCGACCCCCUCUGGACCAGCUAGCCACUAUUGAGGCUAUCCCAGGACUUAUGCUGGGCGCUAUAGCAACUUAA